AUGUCGAGGCAAGGAGGACAUGGGGGCACAAGGUGUCAAGAUUGUGGGAACAUAGCCAAGAAAGAUUGUGCUUACAUGAGGUGCCGGACUUGUUGCCGGAGCAAAGGGUUCGGGUGUCAAACACACGUAAAGAGCAAUUGGGUUCCGGCUUACCGGAGACGAAACCGCUAUCAUCAACAACAACAAGAAGAAGAACACCAGCGAUGGUCUUCUCUCCCAAACCCUUUGCUUAGUAACCCUAAAAGGCUUAGGGAAAAUUAUCCUUCUUCAGGGUUAGAAGUGGGGGAUUUUCCAGCCCAAGUGACAUUGCCGGCGAUGUUCCGAUGCGUUCGAGUGAGCUCCAUCGAAGACGUCGCCGGCGAUCAGUACGCGUAUCGGACGGCGGUGACGAUCGGAGGACAUGUUUUCAAGGGUAUCCUAUAUGAUCAAGGACCGGAUCGAGGCCAUUACUCGCUCGGAGAAUGCUCCUCACGAGAGACUCCUCAGCCGCCGUGGUUGCAGCUGCCGAAUCAAACCGAUGCCGCCGCCGCCGAUCUAACAAUGGCGACAACUAACACCACGACCACCGUUCUUCCUCCCCCUUAUGCAUCUCCUUUUAGCGCGUUCAUGUCACCUGCUGGUACGCCAUUUUUCCUCCACCCAAAAUCUUAA